UGCAAACGCACGGACGACUGUCAGUGUCCUCCAUCGUCCAUCAUGGACACUUUGCUUGAGGUAUUUCUGUUAAUAUCGUUUGUGUUUUUCCUACAACAAACAAGUUCUCAGCUGGUUGUCAAUGUCAAAAACCGUGGAGGAGAUGUUGUAAUUGAAACCAUCCAGGCAAAUACAUCGAACGACGUCGUUCAACUCCAGUUCCAGAACACGGAUGGCACUAUUGUACAUCAGUUCAUUGACUACAAGUCUGAGGCCCAAGUUUUUCGAGCUCAUGUCCUGUGGGAAGAAGAGCAGGGAUUUUCUCAGUACAAACCACAAGUCCUCUGUUUUGUAACUCGUUUUAACAAGAAUGAGUUUAUAUCUGCAGAUGCUAUGUCAAAACUGCGACAGAAAAAUCCAACAGCCAUCCGUCAACCAGAAGAGGAACGCCCCCCAGAGUUACACACAAUGGACACUCAGGUGUACCUGGACCGGGCAGGACUCAUCUCUCCACAUCUCACCAACACCUGUAGUGAUGCUGCCGAAUCCAUCUACACCAAGGAAAGUGACAUCAGACUCUGGGCCAGGGCCCCAGGGAGAGAUGGCCUAAUGGGCACUGUCCAGCGACUUUACCCAACAAAAUACCAGCACUGCCACCUGGUGGAGGACGUCACCAAGCCGUGUCUGUGUACCUAUAGUCUCACUGUGGGUUGGUACCCUUGUGGCCUGAAGUACUGUCGGGGCAAAGACUCUACCGGCAAAUAUGUUAGCUACCGCUGCGGCAUCAAAACCUGUAAACGGCAUCUCUCCUUUGACUAUGUAUCCAAGCAGAAAAUGUUUUGUAUGUGGGAUGAGACCUAAUAGAACGGGGAAAAAUACAUAGUGAUUGAAACGUCAAAGACAAGGUAAAGUACUUACCUGUUACAUUUCUAAUGGACAGAUAGGUAGCCUGACCAAGAACUCCCAAACAGUCUCGGCGACUUAAUGGUUUGCACACGAGAGCGCCACUGGUUUUGUCGAUGACAGUGUAUACAGUAAUGAUCGAUUGGUUUCAGUGUUAGCCCUGCAUGUUUUCAUAUAAAGGGUCCUAUUCAGUGUAAGCAGGGUCCUAAUGGAAAUUGCAUACCAGCUGACGUUAUCCCUUCACUGCAGGAAAAAAAACAGUUUGGCCAGUGCAACUUUUUGCCGUUUACAUUUAAUUACUAAAUAGUGUACGAGCUGUAAAAUUAUUCACUCUCAUGAAUAAGAUACCUUCAUUGCUCAGUCUGAAAAAAGUGAAAGUGAAACUGCAGUGGAUAUUUCCCUGUGAAAAGUAGUUACAGUGAUUUAAAUGAAACAUUAUGAGCUAUUUUUGAGUUCUUUCCUCAAAAGGACAUGAAGAGGAAUAAAUGCAAAACCUGAGUUUUUUUGUUUUUUUUAGAAAGGGACCAUAGAUGCUAAGUUAACUCCCUAUGACUGUACCCAAAUAUAGAGACUUUCCUGGAUUACAGAAUUAAUAUGCCUAGAUAACAGGUUUCAGAGAUCAUGCUAGCCCUCAGUAUCUGUAGAAUAACUAUGCAGACCCUCCUGGGUCAACUGAUGUGCAGGUAGAGAAA